AGUGGUGAGUGCUCGCCGAUCACAUGACAGGCUGCAUACGCGCGGUGGCGGGGAGUGAGGAUGGCGGAUAGUGAUGUUGAACCAGCACCCGACUGGAGUAAUCGGCUGUCUAAUACUGCCGAGGACACUUUCGUCGCCAUGGAAGGCUUGCUGACUAACUUGAGAGCGCUGGAAGCAACGCUCUGGCAACAAGACAUUUCGGAAAUAUCUUCCACCGAAUAUUGCGACAACUUCUGCCAGGCACUGAUGCACUAUGCUGGGAGCAGGAAUUCUGUGGAGCAUGGUCUUCCCCUUCUGGAGGUCUACUGCCUGUCCAUCAACUGCUUCGCUGCUGCUAGGCCACACCUCACCGCAGACUCUGAUAAUGUGGCCCUCGUGUUAAAGAGACUGGCAUUGAGCUGUUUUGAACUGUUGCUGUCUGUGCCUGAAAAUGAAAUCCCUUAUGAGGCCUGGGUUCAAUUUUACCGUUCUGUUCAGGUGGCCCAUGAUGCCUUGAUGGAGUAUGGGAGCACAGACCUGCAAGCCUUGCUCCAGAUCACAGGAGAGGGGGGAGCGUGGAGUAACCCUGUCCUUGGCGCCCUUCUCACCGGUCGCCCCACAAACAUAGAGGAAGUUGAGGCGUACAUCGCCUUGGAGGGGGAGGGCUUCAUGGAGAUGCGUGUCAAACACCUGGAGAAAGUGGGGGAGGUGGCGAAGGCUGUUGUGCUGGCUAAGUCCUGUGCCGAAUGCCACCUUGUCUCCAACCAAACCACCUUCCGGCAGACCUACGUCUCUCUCCUCUGCCACCUGCUGCCCGGUGAGGAGGCCAUCAUGGAGAUAUCCAGACUGGACUGUAAGGAUGUGCUGGAUAUUACAUGCAGUUUGGAGACUGAGGGGGAGGAAAACACGGCCUUCAUCCUGUGUACCACCUUCCUAACUCAACAGCUGCAGCAGCAAAGCCUGUACUGUUCCUGGGAGCUCACACUGCUGUGGAGUAAGCUUCAGAGAAGGAUUGACCCAUCUUUGGAAUCACUGCUGGAGCGUUGCCUGCAGCUAGGCGCCAUUGCUAAGACCGUUUACCAUCUGCUCUUCCUUGUGCACGUCAUUCGGACAGAGGCAGAGGUGCUUGGUCUGGCUUCGUCUGUGGAGUUAUGUGUUAAAGCACUACAGCUCCCAGACCAAGAGGACACAGAGACGAGGAUUUCUGUGUGCAAGACUGUAGCCUGCCUCCUACCAGACGAUCUUGAGGUGUUGCGUGCUUGCCAGCUGACAGAGUUUCUUUUAGGCCUCUCUCAUGUGGCCUUCAGCUCCCUUGAAGAGCUCUCUCUGCAGACCGAUCAGAAGUAUGACCAGGAAAAUUCCAUCAUCCCCAACUCUCUGCGGUGUGAACUACUCCUGGCACUUAAAGCCCACUGGCCUUUCGACCCUGAAUUCUGGGACUGGAAAACACUCAAGCAUCAGUGCAUCAGGCUGCUGGGGCUUGACCCUGAGCCAGAUGAAGAUGAGGAUGAGGGGGGACAGGAGAUUAGUCUUGGGCAGGAUGUAAAGGAGGAGGUGGAGAGGGGGUUUGUUGAUAUGCCAAGAGAAUACUUAAAUCGGACAAUUGUUGGCAUUGAUGGUCAUAAUAAAGAUGAGGAAAAUGAGUGGGACAGUAAACCACCUUUGAAGCCAGAUGUUGAGCAGGGCUCACUUCAGAAGAAAUACAAGUUCCUCUGCAAGAUUUGUAAGAAAAGCGUUACUGAAACGCGAAUCCUUCUUCACUCUAAGAGGCAUGAAAACAACGGUGUUUUCACCUGCCCUGUCUGCCUGAAGAAGUUUAAAAGCAGAAAAGAUUUUAUCCCACAUACUAAACUACACCUUCGAAUGCCACCCAGAAGCACUCGGCAAAAGAGAAAGGACAAAAAGAGGAUUGAUUGGGAUAAGGAAAUGGAGGAGGACAACUUGGAGACUGUUGAGAUUGCUCUUGAUCCAUCCUUAAUGCUGUACUACCAGUCCACACAUGAUCCUGAUGUUUUGGAGCACAUUUUAGAACAAGCUUCAUCUGCCCCCAGGUACCCUGGACUUGAAGAUAACGUCACAUUUGAUUACAUUAACUUGCAUUUUGAAUUGCAGAAUCAUGACAUAUAUACAUGCCCUGCCACUCACUGUACAAAGACUUUUAAGCAUUCCAAGUACUUGGGUGUGCAUUUAAAAUCUGAAUACCACGUUGGGGACCAGAACGUGAAACAUUAUUUUGAAAUGAAAGACCGUAGGGAAAAGUGCACUUACUGCCGGCGACACUUCAUGUCUGCCUAUCACCACCGAAGACAUCAGCGUUUGCACUACGGUGACCUGCCUUACAUUUGUAUGGUCACAGGUUGUGGUGCUCGUUUCAGCACCUCCAAUAAGCUUGUUGCACAUAAGCAUAGCCAUGGCUAUCAAGUUAGCUACCAGUGUGAGCUCAAAGGAUGUCGUCUUUCUUUCUCUGACUUGGGGCAGGUAUACCACCAUGAAGCACAGCACUUUCGUGAUGCUGCAUACAGCUGCACAAGCCUUGAAUGCAAGAAGUUCUACUUUUCUAAAAAGGAAUUCAGCAGGCAUUUAGCCACACACGGCAUUACCUUCUCUGAGGAAGACUUUGAGGCACAGAGGAAGGCCAAAAUAAAACAUCUUGAUUCCAUAACUGAGGACAUAGCCAGACCCAAAAAGUAUUGUAAAAGAAAGACUGCACUGGAGGAGGUAGUCAGUGGGGGAAACAAUGCUACUUCCUAUACAUGCAGUGCGUCCUCGUCACAUGUGUCGAGCUGCAAGGAGCUCAAAGGCACAAUGACCUCGGUUGCUGUGUGCUUUGAUGGAAAAAAGUUCACUUGUGGUUUUGAGAGGUGUGGAUUGACCUUCUCCAAAGCCAGAGAUGUUCACAAGCACCUGAGGUGUAUUCAUCCAGAGCACUUCAAGGCAGAGAAUAAGGAACUCAGUCUUGACAAAGAAGUGGGCUUGAAAUCUAAAGGUCUAAAGGUCAAAACAGAGCAGGACAAUGAUGACCAGAACAAACAUGAACAUGCAGCUUGUCUGCUAAUGAAGGGAUCAAACCAGGGAAAUGCUUGCCCUUCCCUUACCAAGAACACCACAACAUCUCCAUCAUGCCUUGCCAAUGAUGAUGCCCAUUUGAGAGAGAUUUUGAUUGGGCUUAGCCAGCUUAGUCUGACUCCCUCCAACUCUACAAAUGGAUAUACUGAGCCCUCCCACCCAAUGUCAGGGUCCACCACAUCAAAUAUAUCCUGCCAUCAGGGUGUUGGAACCAGGUCCCCAAUUGUAUUAUUGCAAAAGAGAGCUCCACCCGCUGUUGGUGAGAGGAGGAAAUUGACAUCAAACGUUGAACCAUCUGUUGCCCACAGUCUACCCUCAGAGCAACACUUAGAGUCAGACCAGAUCAGCCCUUAUGUUUUGCAAGCUUCUACUAAACCAUACUUAUGUGAGCUUAAUGGCUGCAAUUUUAGAUGUGUGAUUAGCACUACCCUAAGGCGCCACUACAUGAACAAGCAUCAUUUCUCAGAGGAGAAGGUGAAAGGAAUGAAGAUCCUCAAGUCACUGACAUUUAAGUGCCACCUCUGCUUCAAAUGCCAUAGAGAGAAGACCGACUUGAGGGUUCAUUAUCUUCAGACUCAUAGACUUAGCGAGGCAGUUGUGGAGAAAAUGAGCUGGUCUAAAAAGUGGGUUCAGGGUAAACGCCCAGAACCCACCAAGCCCACAGUCUCGUUUAUACAAAAUUCUCAGACCCUCACCUGGCAACACCCCUCCUGGCAGCAGAAGUACCUAAAAAAGAAAAUAAUGUGGAGGCGACAAAACGUUGUACAAUUUGCUAAGUCUGGAGACAAGAGUACGAAAUGGAGUCACGCGCCAUCUUCUGUGCAGGAUCAGUUUGAGGAGGAAAGUGAGGAUGGAGAUAUGCAAAGGGGCAGGGGCAGCAUUUAUAUGUGCAAGCACAAGGACUGUGGUAUGCUUUUUUGUCACACCUACAGUCUUUAUCUCCACAAGAAGAAGCAUCAUUCACAGGUGAUGGGAUGUCCUUCCAUGCUUUCAGAAGACCCAGUUUUACAGAAGUUUAGGUGCAGCUACGCCAACUGUAAUGCCUCUUACCUCCUGAACAGUAGCCUGGUGCGUCACUUGGAGAGUGAGCAUCCUUACCAGGUGAACCGUAACCUAAAGCAUCACAGAAAGAGUUAUCCUUACCAGGCGACCAUGUACUGCAAGUAUGAGGGCUGUACACAAGUGUUCACCCAAAGCAGUAGUCUGAAAAAACAUGUACUCUCUAGCCACCUCAAUUACUAUGAUUCACUUGUAUUUCGUCUCCAGAAUACUCACAAUGACACUUCAGUCACUGGUUGCCAAAAAAAGUUUAUCUUCACAUCCUCUACGCCACAAAAAGAUGCAACCAAACUACCUCUCGGGCAAUCUCUGAGACACUGCCCAAAGUCUCCCGAAGAUGUUAAGGCUAAAGAAACUAGUGAAGAGCAUGACGAAGAUGAUGGUGAAAUGUUGAAUGUUGACCAAAGUAUUGUAGAGUCCAAAUCAAAACACAAGUUUGAAGAUAUGGUGUUCCGUUCCCAUGAGGAGGCCUUGCAGAUGUGCCAAGAUCGCUGUCAACGUGAAGCGUACCCAUGCAUGGUGCAGGGUUGUGAUUCUGUAGUCAAAUUUAUACGUAGUAUGCGACGUCACUAUUUAAAAUGCCACAAAUUAACCAAUCGGGCUUUCAAAUUGAAUGAGGAUAAGCUUGUGUUUAGAGCAGAGCAACUGGAGGAGCUGAUACAGAGGAAUACUGUAUUGUCUGUGUGGCCUGAUAUGACGAGGGCACCUAACGGAGUUCUGAAGAUGGAGUAUCAAGCAGAGCCAGAGAACCCUGGUGGUCCAUCUGUGCCUAUGAGUCUGCACUCCAUCAAAGCAGAAACACUGGAUGACUAUGACCCACUGGGGUUCAAAGAGGAGCCAACUGCUGAGAGGAAUGUUUUGGUCGGUGCAGAUGACUUGCUUUAUGGAGAACCUUGUGGGCACACGGAGGACCCUGCUACUCAGAACAGCCACAGCCAAGAGGCGAGGCCAAGGCGAAGAUCCUCAAACCCACCGGCUCUUGAUCUCUCUCCCCCAUCCUCCCUCAGAUUCUGUGUUGAUGAGAGCUUCUUGGACAGUUCAGGCAAAGAUGGUGGCAAACCAACAAACAUUUCUGUGCCCUUGCCCUCCCCUCAAGCCCGCCAGCCACUUAAACGUAAGAACGAGCUCCCUGAGCACCCUCUCAUUUUAAAGGACACCCAGCCUCAAAGCCCCACCCCUCGCACAUUUGACCUGGCUACUUACAGACCUAUGGGAUUCGAGUCAUCUUUCCUGAAGUUCAUACAGGAGAACUCCAAGGAUAAGGAUGCUGAGAGGCCCCAGGCUUCACACUGCAACAACCCCCGGCCUGAUCCACCCGUGGUGUCAGCUCGGCGGCGGGAUUCCUACAGACGUAGCUGUUUUGUAAAGGAGAACAGCCAGGUGGGACUCACUACUACCUGUAGCAGGCUGGCUCAUUCUUCCCCACUUAAGCCUCUUCCCAGGACAGGGGAAUACACAUCAGUCCAGAACUUACACGUCAUCUUAGAAAAGGCUCUUACAGGUUGUGGUGACCUAGCCAUUAAACAGCUGCAGCACCAAAGGCCUGUAGUGGUUCUUGAGAGACCAAGGUUUUUCACUUCCUUGCUUGACCUCUUCCCCACAAAAACGAAUGAUAAGCUACUUCUCGAAGGUUUGUAGAACUGAGCACUUUUGUGUCCAAUAUGAAGACUGUUUUUUUCUAAUGUUAUUACUACUCUGAUAUUAUCAGUAUCUUUUAAGUUGCCAAACUGAGCAGCUCAAGUUCUUUAAUUUACCUACAUGUUUCAACCUGUGAAAAAUGGCCCCCUGAUAAAAAUAAAAUAAAAAACUCUUCAGUCUUUAUUACAUUUCUGUCAGAUGAUGAACAUUUCAAUGUAAGAUACACAGUGGCAAGAAAAGUAUGUGAACCCUUUGGAAUUACCUGGAUUUAAACUCGCUUAAACUAAUAACACACAUUAUUGUAUUUUUCUUGUCUAUAUUUAAUACUUAAUUUAAACAUUCACAGUGUAGGUUGGAAAAAGUAUGUGAACCCCUAGCCUCUAGUGACUCCCAAACCUGCUAUGUGAACCCCUAGGCUAAUGACUUCUCCAAAAGCUAAUUGGAGUCAGGAGUCAGCUCACCUGGAGUCCAAUCAAUGAGACAAGAUUGUAGAUUUUGGUAGAGCUGCCUUGCCCUAUAAACACUCACAAAAUUUGAGUUUGCUAUUCACAAGAAGCAUUUCCUGAUGUGAACCAUGCCUUGAACAAAAGAGAUCUCAGAUGACCUAAGAUUAAGAAUUGUUCGCUUGCAUAAAGCUUGCAAGGGUUACCAAAGUAUCUCUAAAAGCCUUGAUGUUCAUCAGUCCAUGGUAAGACAAAUUGUCUAUAAAUGGAGAAAGUUAAGCACUGUUGCUACUCUCCCUAGGAGUGGCCGUCCUGCAAAGAUGACUGCAAGAGCACAGCGCAGAAUGCUCAAUGAGGUUAAGACGAAUACUAGAGUGUCAGCUAAAGACUUACAGAAAUCUCUGGAACAUGCUAACAUCUCUGUUGAUGAGUCUAAGAUAUGUAAAACACUAAACAAGAAUGUUGUUCAUGGGAGGACACCACGAAAAGAGCCAUUGAUGUUUUUUUAAACAUUGCUGCACGUCUGAAGUUUGCAAAAGUGCACCUGGAUGUUCCACAGCUCUACUGGCAAAAUAUUCUGUGGACAGAUGAAACUGCAGUCGAGUUGUUUGGAAGGAACACAGAACACUGUGUGUGGAGAAAAAAAGGCACAGAACACCAACAUCAAAACCUCAUCCCAACUGUAAAGUAUGGUGGAGGGACAGCUUGUUAUCAUUGACGGAAAAAUGAAUUCCCAAGUUUAUCAAGACAUUUUGCAGGAGAAUGUUAGGCUAUCGGUCCGCCAAUUGAAGCUCAACAGAAGUUGGGUGACGCAACAGGACAAUGACCCAAAAUCAACAACAGAAUGGCUUAAACUGAAGAAAAUACACCUUCUGGAGUGGCCCAGUCAGAGUCCUGACCUCAACCCGAUUGAGAUUCUGUGGCAUGAUCUCGAGAGCAGUUCACACCAGACAUCCCAAGAAUGGGAUGGUCCAAAAUUCCUCCUGAUUGUUUUGAUCCGCAACUACAGAAAACAUUUGGUUGAGGUUAUUGCUGCCAAAGGAGGGUCAACCAGUUAUUAAAUUCAAUGGUUCACAUACUUUCUCCACCCUGCACUGUGAAUGUUUACACGGUGUGUUCAAUAAAGACAUGAAAAUGUAUAAUUGUUUGUGUUUAGUUUAAUUAGUUUAAGCAGACUGUUUGUCUAUUGUUGUGACCUAGCUGAAGAUCAGAUCAAAUUUUAUGACCAAUUUAUGCAGAAGUCCAGGUAUUUCCAAAGAGUUCACAUACUUUUUCUUGCCACUGUAUGUAUCUUCUCACUACCUAAUUAACUUUUAUAAAACACUCAGAAGAACAAUGUAGCUCAUUUGCCUAUUCUAAUGCUAUGAAUUUGUCUGAAUAUAGCUUUCAUGGGACAGAAUCCAUGCCAUUUUUGUCUCUGAGUAUCAAGACACAAUUUCUUCAGUACAGUAGGCAGACAUGUAAUGCUUUCUAAGAAUAAUAAAUGUUUGAAUCGACCCUUUCAAAAAUAUGAAAUUGCAUUGUGUAUAUUUUCCUUAUUAUUCCUAACAUUGAUUAGCCCAUAAACUCUUCAUAAGAAAUACAGAUUUGUUUCGUGAAGGUGACAUAGAUGGUGAAAAAAUAGCAAUUUUACUUUAGCUCUUGUUUGCUCCACCCCCCAGGAUGUCAGAAUGUCAUGUUCCCAUUUUCUAAAUGUCCAUAAAAUCUCACAUUCAGAAUUAGUUGCAGUGUGCACUACAGUAACACAGUAUUGCCAUUGUAUAUAGGAAGAUGCCAGUCAAAUAUCAAUGGAUGAUUCUUAUUUAAAAGUAUUACCUAUUUAUUUAGCCU